AUGUUUUCGAGACCUCUUUGUCCUGACUCGGAUAUGCCAGCGGAUCUAGAAGAAUGUCUUUACCGUUGUUUUGAAGCUCAUCGUCAACGAGUGCUCCAACGGCGAAGUGCACGACAAGCCAAACGAGCUAAACAUCGAUCAGGUCAAUCUCAGAAUCUGACAACAGAACAAACAAUAGCCGAUAAUUUAGCAUCUUCACAGUACCAAGACGCUUUCACAGAUGAAACGACCGCGAAAAAUUUCUCCGAGACGUAUGACGCAAUUUCACAACAAUAUGACAGCUAUCCAGCAACAACGACAGAUCAAUCGACGAACUAUUCCAAUCUAUUUCAAGAUACUCAACAACAAUAUGAAAACUAUUCGACGGCGACAACAACGGCAGCGGAUCAAACCACAAGUUAUUCAAAUCUAUUCCAAGAUUCACAACAACAAUAUCAAAACUUAUUGACACAACCAGAAGACACCACAAACUAUCAAUCUGAUGUUUAUCAAGAUUCAUCGCAAUAUCAACAAGUGCCAUCAAGUCAAUCAGAAACACAAACAAAUUAUUCGAAUUUGUUUCAACAGUAUCAAGAGCUGCUGCAACCGUCGACUACAUCCGUACCCAUGGAAACGUCUCAGCAGAGUACGUAUGAACAAACAAAUAUUGAUCAUUCCGUUACUGUACCAAUCGAUGCACCCUACCAAACUAAUGUUGUUAGUACACCAGAACCCUACCAUCAUUUGAAAGAUGUUCAAUAUGCUUCUGAGCAAGCGACUACUUCAUUUAUUGACAAUCAAGAACAACACGACAAACCCACAGAAUAUAAGGAAUCCGAAAGUGAUUCUCAAGCAUCGUUACAAACCACUCAAAAUGAAACUUCGACAAGCCAGGCGUACGAUGUUGAAUCAAACAAAAGAUUAGACGGCACAUCUAUGCCAACUGGUACGGUUGAAUAUACAAGAGAAUCAUCUUAUUCUCAAAACACUACGAUCAAUCAGCCAGAAGAUGCGGCUUAUGUGCAGCAAACACAAACAUCCGCUACACAAGAUUAUGAUAUAAAUAAUUACACUAAUGAACAAGCAGUUCCAGAACAGCCCACUUCAUUAUCUUACGAACAGAACCAGCAGGUUACACAGCAAGAUAUUUCAAAAGUGCCAGUUCGAUCUCCAUCAUCAAGUGAUAGUGGAAGCAACGAAGAUGCUCAAGAAGAUGAAGAAAUAUUCGACUUGCGUAAAUGCAUCUGUACCUGUUACGCCAAAUUUAAAGAUGCAUGGAAUAAAGAUGAACAACACAAAUAUCGUGAGCAGUUUCGCGGCAUAAAACCACCAAUCUUACAAAUAAAUGACCAACAGUAUCACCAAUUACACCAGCGACGAACACCUUGCCCGCCUUGUCCACCAUGUCCUCCUUGCCCACCAUACCAGGGUGAACCUCAACUACCAAUAAUACCUACCUAUCAACCACCUUACCCGCCAGUUCCUACACAAGAAGUGCCAUUUACUCCCUGUGGGCCCCCACCAAUAUCUACUUACCGACCACCACCAAUCCCCAUCAAUCAACCUCUACCUUGUCCGCCCUGUCCACCCUGUCCUCCCUGUCCACCUUUUCCUGGCCAAGAAGAGCCGAUUGCUCCUUAUGAACCAACAUCUAUUUACCGCCCUCCGCCAACACCUGUCUACCAGCCUUCACCGAUUCCAACGCCUGUCUACCAACCUCUACCGCCAUCAACUUAUCGACCUCCACAUUGCCCGCCUUGCCCCCCAUGCCCCCCUUGUCCACCAUAUCCAUGCGGAGAACAGCCGAUUAUUCCCUGUGGACCGCCAAUUCCGACACCGGUUUCUUACUUACCAACUCCAAUUCCUACGCCAGUUCCUUACUUACCAACUCCAAUUCCCACACCAAUUCCUGAACGCCUGCCACCUAUUCCUCCUCGUAAUAAGCAAAUCAUCCAGCAAAAUAAUACUUUCUUGGCUAUAAAUUGUGAUCAUGCCAAACCUGCACCCAUACGUUACGACACAACUGAAAUACAUUACACAGACAUUGGAACACAAACACAAAUACCAUGUUUACCAAUAUUAACGCCAGAAAUACCAGAAGAACCUUACUAUGAACCUCCAUCUACAAUAGUUCCACCGAGAAUACCCACGCCCAUACCAUGUCUUCCUCCACCUCGACAGGAUCGCUGGUGUGUUAAGUGCUGUUGUGUGCCUGGUCGCUCAUUAAUAAAAAAGAUUGUCUAUAGACAAGUAGAAGAUGAACAACAACACCAACAACAAGCACAAGAAAGUUAUCUCGAUUACGGUGCUGUGAUGGAUCAGUUAGAAACGAAAAUAACGGUUCGAUAUGGCAAUGAAAUUAUGGAAGAAGGUUGCGGAUUUGAUUCCAGUACCUACAAUGAGCAACUACGUAUCACUGACUUUCCUGUUUAUGUAUCUGGAGGAUUACAUGACAGCAAUCUGACAAGACUUGUAUAA